AGACCUGUCGCUCCGCCUGGGGGUCCCGGCGCCCGCCGCUCACCGCCUGAGGGCCCGAGACCUGUCGCUCCACCUGGGGGCCCGAGACCUGUCGCUCCUCCUGGGGUCCGGCGCCCGCCGCUCCGCCUGAGGGCCCGAAGACCUGUCGCUCCAUCUGGGGGUCCGGCGCCCGCCGCUCCGCCUGAGGGCCCGAGACCUGUCGCUCCGCCUGGGGGGCCGAGACCUGUCGCUCCGCCUGGGGGUCCGGCGCCCCCGCCGCUCCGCCUGAGGGCCCGAGACCUGUCGCUCUGCCUGGGGGUCCGGCGCCCGCCGCUCCCGCCUGAGGGCCCGAGACCUGUCGCUCCA